AUGUCGUCGGACGCCAUCAUUAAAGGCCUAAAGCAAGGCAACGCGAUUGAAAUGGCCUCGCUCGAAGAGGUGAAGGAGGGAAUGAGCUCUGUCAUUGAUGGACUGCUGAAGGAAUGCUACAACCGUAGCGAUGCGUUGAGCGAUCUUAUGGAGAAGGUACAACUGGAAAGCUCGAGCGCGGCGGCCAAAACCAUGACGGCAGAACAAAAGACCCAGCUUACGAAAAUCAUUCAAGACGCUAUCGGAGACUGCGAAAAGGCUAUCCGUGUCAAUGAUGAUAAGAAAGCGAGAGAUCACGAUCAAGCGGCGGCAACAUUCGGAGCUGAGAAGGAAGUUUUGGACAUGAUGCGCGCUCAUGGCAUAGCUCAGGAAGAUCUGUACCAGCGAAGACAAAAGGCUCUUUAUGAAAAGCGCAGAGAAACCGUUGACGAUGAGCUAUGCAAGAUCAAGGAGGAAGAUAAGAUCAUGCUCUUCAAGCUUUGCGACUUUCAUAAAGACGCAGGAUCAAAAUUCCUAGAAAGGAGGAGGAGUCGCAGAGAAGAGAUCAACAACGGGCAUGAGGCAGCCCAGAGUGCACUGAGGGAGCAGAUCGCAAGCCUCGAGCGCAUCGCUACCAUUGCGAAGAUUGAUCUCAAAGCUACAAGCGAGGGUGAUAUGUCAGCUAGUGGUAUACCAUUCGACAGAGCCCGGUGCGGGACUACAAGUGAGAUACGUUUCAGAUCUCGCGCUGUUGAUGGUCAUUUGGACCAAGGUUCUAUCUACAACCCGCUGGCCCGUGUCGUUAUGGGUCCUGGUCGUAAUGGCUUUUACAUGAGAGACAGCGAAACCUGA